AUGUACAUUUUAUUCUCGCUGCUACUACCAGCUAUGGUAUCAGCGAUGACAGGUGGCACAACUGUGGAAUCCUCGUCUAAAUACCCGUUUUUUGUCACACUCACGGACCCCAUUUUAUGCGGUGGAAGCAUCAUUUCAUUAGACCCACCAUGGAUUUUGACAGCAGCGCAUUGUAUCGAAAAUUUGGAAAUACAUCCCAACAAGUAUACAGUGGCCUAUGGUAACAGAGACUUUUCAAAGCAAACGUAUGCUGCUAUUCAGCAAGCCGUGAGCCAUCCGCUCUAUGUGUCAUCACAGCAGCUUCAAACACAGGUGUACGCAACGGAUCAAACCGACGUAAUUCCAUAUGACAUUGCAUUGAUUAAAUUGAAAUCCCCUCUUGUGGCAAAUACCCAUGUCAAUCGUAUCCCCAUAUCAACAGCAUCGCUCAACAAAGAAGAAAACCCCAGCACUUAUAAGGAAACCAUCGGUAUGGGAUACGUUGGCUAUGAGAAGCCGCAUGCUGAUAUGUUGCAGUACACUCCAUGCAAUUCAUCCAAUGUGGGAACUCUCCGGAACAGUAACUUUAACCACAGCAUUAUAUUGGCUACUUCAGAUGCAGGAUUAUGCCAUGGUGAUUCAGGAAGCCCACUCUUGAGCAAAUCAGCCGAUACUAAAGAAUAUUAUCUGGAUGGCGUAUUAAACAGGAUUUUGAAUGCAUAUGAUCCUGAUCCUGAUAAUGGGUCAUGCCCCUUUCAUGAAUCCAAUUUGACGCGAUUUCUCAACUCGUUUGUCAAACCCUCGGCUCAUAUCAAGUGGAUCAUGAAUGCCACGCAGCUUUCGUUUGAUGCAUUGACAGAUCCAGUGACAAGUCUGGAUGAUGGCAGUGUUUUUGCAGCUUCGUCUACAAGCUCUGCUAUUAUUACUACGACUGCAUCAUUGUUUUUGCGUGCUUCUUGCUUUGGCGUUGAUUGGACACUGGCGACGGUGCUGAUAAGCUCUUUAUUGAUGAUUAUUUACCUUUAA